CAGUUACCUUACGGUUUCUUCUCGCCUUCCCCUCCCCCCCCGCGCCCUGCGUCGUCCUCCCCCGCCACACUCCUUUCCCUCAACGGUCCCUCCAGGACAUCGUUCCCCGCGAGCUCCGCCGCUGUACAGCUCUCGUGGACAUGGAGGCCCGGGAGGAGGCUGAGUGGGUAGCAGUUGCCAACAACCUUCUUUUGAAAUGUCACAUUUGCCUAAGGAUACAGUCUCUUUCAGAGUGUGAUGCAGAUGUGUUUAUUACUCUUUAUCAUUCUAUCUUGGGAGAAGAAGUACCAGACCUCAUAACUGUCCCUAAAAACCAAGAAGAUCAUACACACAAUGUACAAGCAGUUAUUGAUUCACUGGCUUUGGAUUACUUGCAGGUCAGCUUGUCCCACAUAACAGGAGAAAAUAUUGUAAGAGGAAAUAAGGAGUCUAUUAAAAAUCUCUUAGAAAUAUUUGAUGGAUUGCUGGAGUACCUUACAGAAUAUAGUGAAGCAUCCUCUCAGGAAAAAGUUGAAACUGACCAAGUAACUAAAGAAUCAAUUCAAGGCAUACUUUCAGAAGAAUUGGAGGAAAAGAUUAGAGAGACCAGACCAGUACAAGCAAUGACAUCAUUUGGGAGGUCUUCCCAAUCUUCUGAGCUUUUUGUUCCAUCUUGGGACAUAGAUGGAUCAGAGUCCACUGGUGAAUUGAUUAGACUUGGAGAUACAGCUCACACAUUUUCUUUAAGGAAAGAUGGAGUUGAAGAAUCACAGAAUGAAAAAGAUUCAACUUUCCAAGGAAUCAAGUCUGAGGAAGGUUUUGUGAACUCUACCUCAUGUUAUUCUAAUUACAUGGCAGAUAAUACUGCAUCUGUUGAGUCUACAGAAAUUUCUUCCAAGAGUCUGACUCCAAAUGCUAAAAAAUUGGGUGAGCCCAUUCGUUCAGCUAUUCCUUUACAGCCACCAUACCAUCCUCUUGAGCCUCGAGCACCCUGCCCUAUGGGAAAAGAAUACUAUCAUUCACAUCAGUAUCCCUCAGCCUUAAAUGAUGAUGGAAAGCAUGAAAGGCCUGUGUUUACAGGGUCAUUUGAUUCAUUUUCAGAAAGGAUUCAUGGUGCAGAGUCCUUCUUCACAUCUGGCAGUGGGAAGCCACUAACAGAUCCCAGUGUUGGAGAUACAGUGACACCUGAAACGACAAGUACACAGGAUCAGAGCUACAGCAUGAAGUGCCUCAAUAGCAUUGAUAAGCUUUCCUCAACAUCUCACUUGUCUGAAGAAACUAAGCUGUCAGUGUCUGAGUCUCACUUAUACAUCCCUAGGAUACAAAGACUUCUCAAACGAAUAAGCAGAUCAGAAAGCUGUGAUCUACUCACUGAUGAGCUACCUCUGCACCAGGGACCAAGUCGUAGGUUGACUGAGGAAGAACUGUGCUCAAUGUCAGAGAAACUCUCUCACCGAUUGGAUGAAUUAGAUUUAAUGUUAAAAAAUGCCCUGAGUUCAAAGACUAAAGAUGACAAAGAGAUCAGAGAGGACAAUGUAUCUUUUCAGCACAGUGACGAACAGCUAAAGAAGUCUCACCCAGGGCCACCUAAGAGAGGCAGACAGUUCCAAGUGGGGAAAUUACGAAGACAAAUACAGAGUGAGUCAGAUCUUCGACGAUUUCGAGCAAAGGUGUUAGCUGACACAUUUGAAAAGCAGUUGCAUAGAAGUGAAAUUCAAGAAGCAAAUGGACUUCUGAUGCCGAAUGAAGACCAGGAAGUAACAGAACAAGAAUACAAAGAAAAUAUCCAUAAAAGACCUCCGAAAACUUUUCAGCCAGUGAAAGUUUAUUCUAAAAAAACCAUGCCUUGGAAUCUCAAACGCAGUCAGUGGAUUCCAAGCGGGAACAUCAUGAAGGCAAAGAAAGGAGUUCCACUGAAAAUAAAGGAUGACAAUCUUUUGCCCAUGCUUCUGGAAGAGUUUCCAUACCUCCAUAUUUCUGGCCAAACACUUGGGAAAAUGUGGAAACAACAGCUCUUUCAAACUGAACAGCUGAGGAAGGUGACAUCUGGAAUGGAACAGUCAAAAAAGAAAUUCCAGUUUAAAAUUGAAGAAGCACUAAGAAGACAUGAUCUCCUGGCUGAAAUUGUUAAGAAAGAACAUGAACAUAAUAAGAGACUGCAAGAUUUUAAGGAACGUAUAUGUAGACAGAAGUCAACUCAAAUGAAGAUAAAAGAGAGACGACAGCAAAUCAUUCGAGCCAAAAAAUACUACGAAGACUAUAGGGUUCAGUUACACGCAAAAAUGAUACGAACACGGACUCGUGAAGAAGUGAUAUUUAAGAACCUCUUCAGGGAAGGUUUAGAAAUUCAAAAACUAAGAUUGCAAGAACUGAGAAACUACGCCAAAGAUAAGCGAGAAGAACAAAAGAGACUGCAUGAGAAUGAACUGGAAUCAUUGGAGAAUUAUUAUAAGGAUCAGUUUGCAAUGCUAGCAGAAGCUGUAUCACAGGAACGUCAAGAAAUCAAAAUGAGAGAGAAAGCCCAAACAAAGACAUUACAUAAAAUGAAACGGGAAUUGAGAUCCAAGAUGGAGCAAGAAAUUCAGCAGUUGCAGACCAUGAUAAUUAAAAAUGAUGAUGACCUCUUCUUUCGGGAAGUGGAAGCUGAACGCCUUAAAGCUCGGCUUCAAAUGGCUUCAUUUCAGUACAGCAGGGGCCAUUUCUUUUGAAAUCAAAGAGCCAACUAUAAAACAGGUUUUUAUUUUACUUGAAAAAAUAAUGUGUGUGUGUUAAACCUGAGCAUGAGAAUGACAGAAACAAAGAUUACAAAUUAUCAUCAUCAACUUUUAAACAACCUUAAUUAAACACUAAAUGUAACUGACUUCAUAUUCGAUGUACUUCUAAAUAAAAAUAAUUUUUAAUGCUC